AUGUGGCGUGUUCUCGUGCUGAGCAAGGAGUUAUACUGCUAUUCAGGCGUAAAUGCUAAGCAAAGCGUCUCAGCAUGCGACUCACACACCGAAUUCUGCUACAAACAAGUGAUGCCCAACGGUAUCAUUGUGACGGACUGCGACAGAAGCGCCGAAUAUGGAUUUUGCAAGAGUGGAAAGGAAGGCUGUGAGCAAAAAGAGUUAAAAGGAAAAGUAUGCUGCUGUAAGAAACCGUACUGCAACAAAGGUGUGCAAAAUCGCAUGCAGCGGUUCGCAGCGGCCUUGUUGGUGCUAAUUGCAAGCGAACGUAGUCGACUUAUAUGA